AUGAUGAGUACGUGGCGCCGGGAGCGCCGGACGCCCUCCUGGGCAGUGGAUGAAAGUUGGUUUGCCGAACUCGAGCGAGGCAUCAAGGGUGGCUGCGCGGCCGGUCUCCCUGUGGACACAUCCGCUAAACCGGAGCCUGUUGUGUGCUUCGAAGAUUCUCGGGACGAAUCUGAGAAAGAGACAGACCAAAUGCUACCGCAUCAGCCGCCGGUCCCGGAAGUCUCGAGCAAAACAAGCCCCCCAGUAGCGGACAGCCACUCCUGGCAUACCGACGGCGAGCGCAAUGCUCGCCGUCAUUUCAUUGCCCUGCUGCCUGGCGUUCCGCCUCUUGAGCUACAGGGUGCAUCGCGCGCUGAUUUCAAAGCGACGGAACUGAUAGGAGAGGGUGCAUGCUCGCGGGUGCUGCGAGCUACUUACCUUCCGACCGGGAGGGAGUAUGCGGUGAAAGUUAUCUCGAAAGCUUUGGCAGAGCAGAAUGAGCAGGUGCUCCCCCUGCGAACAGAGCAGAUUUGUUUACAAGUGGGACUGGGCCAUCCAAACAUCGUGCAGCUGAAAGCUAUUCUGGAGGAUGAGAACUUUCUCUAUAUGGUUAUAGAGCUUUGCCCACACGGUGACCUGGCGCGCCUGCUCGCUCGUAGGCGCGCUUCAAGCGAAACGCCGCAUCCGUCGCAUCGAGACAGAUUCCAGAAGCGUGAGCCGAACGGGGCGGCUCCGAGCGGUGGGAAUCAUGUCGGCGCCUUGAGCCUUGAUGCAGCGCGCUUCUACUUUGCAGAGAUUGUGUCCGCGGUCGAUUUGAUUCACAAAAACGGCAUCGUCCAUCGCGAUUUGAAGCCACACAAUAUUCUCAUUGGGAACAAGGGCCACUGUAAGCUUGCAGACUUCGGCGUUGCCGCCAUUUUGGGCAAAACACCGGAUGACGAACUGGCGGGGCGGUCUCCGCGGCCGCAGGACAAACAUCGUUACGAUUCCUUUGUUGGUACUUUCGCUUAUCUAGCACCAGAGCAGCUCCGAAGAGAACGACCAGGAGGCGGGUUCGAGAGCGAUCUCUGGGCGCUCGGUGUCGUCCUAUACCAGAUGCUGUGUGGCGGCGAGCUCCCGUUCCGUGGCGAAACAGAUUACUUACUCUUUCAAAGUAUCUUGAAAGACGACGUUGCGUUCCCCAAGUCAUGUCUUCCGACAAGUUCGGGUCGAGACCUUGUGGAGAAGCUUCUCAACAAGGAUCCAGCCCAACGCAUUACGAUGCGUGCACUCAAGUUGCAUCCUUUCUUCAAAGGCAUCGACUUUCGUCAUUUGCACCGUGUAGAUGCGAGUAAGCUUCUGGGGCCCGAUGCAUUCGAAAAGCGAGAUUUUUUGUCUUUCGAUGCCGCCUCUAGUGCAGGACACGCGGCCGAGGGCUUUCGCCGGGUGACCCGAGCGAUAAACUCGUGGUGGCCGCGCGGCACCCAUGCCCAUCGCCGGGCAACACGCGAGCCCCAGGCACUCCAGGACGCCGGAGCGAAAGAGCUCUUUGCUGCACACGAGAAAUGGCGACAGCCUGCGCGACGGGUCUUGAACCUUGCUUCCGACUUUACCGGGAACCCGAUUCUGGCAAGUGCCAUUGAGCUGGUUGAAUCGCUGCUGCAACGUAUUCGCCGCGAAUGCAUGCAGCAUCGAAAGCUGCCGAGCGAGGAGUAUUUGUUCGCGGCGUCGCAGUUGCAGUCAGCGGAUCCGCGAACGCUAACAGAUGAUCACGCGAAAAUCAGAUUUUGGGUCGUUCUCUACAAUGUGAUGUUCAUCCACGUUAGAAUGGUCCACGGGGCGCCAGUGCGAAGCGGCCUUCGGGAUAAUCGCUUCUUUGGAGAGUACUUCUAUCGGGUAUUCACCCUUGACUACUGUUUGGAUGAUAUUGAGAAUGGAAUACUGCGGGUUCCUGGUCCAUUUUUUCGCAGCUGGGAGCGCGACGAUCCACGACGUGAGCUUGCGUUGAAACAUCUGCAUCCGAAGAUUGUGGACAUGCUCCACCGAAUCCGGGUUUCACGCGGCAUGGCCGACAUUCCCGAGCUGGAUCACUUGACCGAGACCAAUCUGCUAGGUCAGGCGGCAUUUGAGGACGACGGUUUGAUCGAGACGGAUACGGAGCGGACGACGCUGACCCUGUGA